AAGCCGAUUUUAGGGCAUUCCCUCGUCGAAUUUUAGGGUCAUUAAUCCCAUCCUGAAAUUUCCAAUGGCAGGCGCUUCAUUGUCCCCAGCGACGUCGUCUUCUUCCUCCGAUGCUUCCCGUGGCCGCCGUCGCCGCCGCCACCAUCGCCGCCAUAAAAUAGACAGAGAGUCUCUCAAGGUGAGCAAAAAGAGCCGCCCUCGAACGAAAAAUCGUCACCGCAAGCGUCAUUCAUCAUCUUCCUCUGAAAGCUAUGCCUCGUCAUCGUCCUCCGAAUCUUACAGUUCUUCGGACAGUGAACGCGAAGUAUCCCAUCAUUCGAAGAAGCAUAAACGGAGUGAUAAAUCAAAGAAGAGCAAAGGUAAAGAAAGAGGGAAAAGACAUAGCCAUAGACACCAUAAGGAGAAAGCUAAAGAGGUAGAGCAUAAGCAGGAGGAGAAUGGUGGUCCUGUGCAACUUUCUAAGUUCUUGGGAAGGGACAAAGAUGAUGGUGCUCGACGCAGUGCCGUAUCAGGGAAAAAGAUAUUGUUGAAACUUGAGAAAACAAAGGAGGACAAGACGGCAGAGAACAACCGGAAUGAACUAUUGAAAUUCUUGAAUGCUAGUUAUGAUUGAAGGUUCUUCAAAUAUCAUUUGUCCCUUGUCAUAUUCAGUGUUCCUUGUCGAAGCUCCAUCAGUGUUUUGCUAGUCAUGAGAACUGAAUUUGUUGUGUCUAUUGGCGAAUCUUGAUUUGAUUAGCUAUCUUAGCCUUUCGUGAUAUGCUGGCACCAGCUGCUAAAUUGUCGGUGGUAGCGUUUGUGAAUGCUUUAUUUCAUAGCAGUAAGCAUCAUUAUGACAUUGGUCUAGUCCAUUUUGAUGGGGUAUGCAUUGAAGUGGUAUAUUGAGGAAACAUGUCAUUUGUGUACAAGUUUUGAAGUUCUGAAGCUUCCCUUUGUUGUGAGAUAACCCCUUUUGGCAAAGAAUGAUUUUGAUUUAGCUGGUCUCUAGUACUUAUUCAUGCUUGCAUUUUCUUAAUGAGUUGUUUUUGGUUUUGGUACGGUUGUCC